AUGCGUUCCGACGUUUUGCUGACGGCGCUCCUCGGAGCAUCGUCGGCGUCGGCGAUGCUGGACUGCAACAAGAUUGUCGCCAGCGAGCAUACGUUUGAUCUUUCAAAGCUCGGCGGCCCGCACUCGGUCGUCACUUCGCGCCUAGAACCCAUCACGGGGCUUCACCACAACAGAACGUACACGCUCGACGUAUGCGGCAACUUGAAGAAGAGCGGCGAUGCGAAGCCGAAUGAAGAGUGCCCCAACGGCACACGAGUAUGCGCAAUCAAGCGAGUCAUUGGCGACAAGUCGGACCAAAUCACAGAGGUCAUUCCUAUUGCGGGCUCGUUGGAGAACCAUGGCGGCACCGCUUUUGACUACGAUGUCACGCGACUAAAGACGAGCGACUCUAACAGCGACUCGAAAAAGGAGGGCCUGCGACUCGUUCUCAAGGGCGGCCGAUACGAGAAUCGCGAGCAAAGGGCCGUUAUUGAGUUUCUGUGCAACCGAAAUCACACUGGCCUGGAGGGUGAAUGGGAGGCGGAGGACAAGUACGAGAGCGGCUCGAAGCGCAAGCGCGAGGACAAGGACGGCGAUAAAAAGGAUGGCGACGACUCAGACAAGGACAAGGGGGGCGACGAUGGCAGUCAUGAGGAGGUGGAGCACCAGCUGAAGAAGGACGGAGCGUCUCUUAUUUGGGAGAGCUAUGGCGCUGAAAAAGAGGCCGACAUUCUUCGCUUGACAUGGCACACCAAGUAUGCCUGCGAGAAGCGGGACGACGACAACGACGUCGAAGACCCGGAAGCACCCCCCCGCAGCGGCGGCUGGGGCUUCUUUACCUGGCUGUUUAUCAUAAAGCGCAGCGGUUUCCUCGGCACGGCAGCGUACCUCAUCUUUGGAUCAUGGCUCAACUACAACCGCUACGGCGCCCGUGGCUGGGACCUGCUCCCCCACGGCGACUCGAUCCGGGACGUGCCCUACCUGCUCAAGGACUGGGUCCGCCGCGUGCUCAACACGGUCCAGGGCGCGGGAAGCCGGGGCGGCUACAGCGCGGUUUGA